GAUCAGACCCCGACGGCUGAAUCUCUCGAUGAGGAAAGGGACUAUCAGAGCUUGUUGGCCAAGAUCUCUGAGUCUCCGGUUCCUACGAUAUCCCCGGCUGCAGAGGCAGCGUUCGAGCCAAGAUCCGCGCUGAGGUUGGAGGAAGCGCUUCCAGGACCAUGCCAGACUCCAUCCACAGCCCCAGGAUCCGUGUCGGGCGGAGCCGGGAGCAAAAUGACAGACGACGAGGGCACCAGCGCCAAGCACGCGGAAUCGAUCACACCUACCGUAGAGUUAAGGCUCGAGAGCGCUCUUCUGCCACAACGUUCAGCCGCGCCGGCUGUCCUCCGUUUGUCAGAAACGGCAUCGUCCACUAGCCCGGUGAUGGACGAAGACACACGGCAAAGGAAGCCGGAUGCCGCUGAAGCAGUGGAGCUUCGUCUGGAGCGAGCCGUUUGGCCACAGUCCGUGCCUCCUGUUCUUCGUCUGUCUGAUGGAGCUUUGGCCACAGAUGCACCCACUAGUCUAACAGGAGCUGGGGCGGAGGAUCUGGAGCUAUUGUCAGAUCUCGAUUCUCAGAAGAGUCAUUCAAACACGUUGGGACCGGCUGAGACUGCAGCUCGCAGUGAUGUGACCACUAUGAUGCUUCGGAACGUGCCGAAGCAUCUGUCGCAGGCGGACCUCGUGGCAGAGUUGAACGCCUCUGGUUUUUCGCAAGCCUUCGAUUUUUGCUAUCUGCCGCGACACUUUGAGAGUUCUGAGAACAGGGGCUAUGCUUUCGUGAACUUCGUCACGCCAGCGAAUGCUCUGAUGUUUCAACGUGCCUGGCAGAAUCGCGAAUUCAGGGUUGUCGGCUGCGGAACGAUGUUGAUCAGCGUGUCUCACGCAGAUGUGCAAGGUCUUCAAGCCAACAUGAAGAAGUGGUGUGGGCCCCGACUGCGGCGCAUCCGAAACCCAAGUUUGCUCCCAUACAUGGCGCCACAUGUGCUCGCUUCUACGGCGGGACAGCAGUCGCGGCCGAACAUGCCAGAUGUUCGGGACAUUGCAGUACACGUCGGAGGCGUCUUAGAUUGGACAACCAUGCACGAUGAAGGCCUUGUGCCGCCAUCCUUGCCGCUUCCUCCUCCUUGGGCUGCAACGUCGGACUUGGACAUUGCCUUGGCCGGGGAAGCUGCACGCUGGCUGUCGAAAGGUGAGAGCUCCCGGUAA